GCAUAUGUGGGCACCACACACAUACACACACACACACACACACACUACCAACCAGUGAUCAGUGAUGAUGACGCAGGAGGUGUCACCCUAUAAAAGAGGCCUCUGGCCCAUGAGGGGGAGUGUAGGGGGUCUCGGUCAGCACUCGCCUUCAGCACACAGAGGAAAUUCAGCAGCUCUAACAUACAGACGUCAUGAUGCCACGACUCAUCGUUGCUCUGAUGAUGGCGGCUUUGUCAACGGAGGUCUACAUCACCAGCGGUUUGACAUCCACCUACUACAGUGAAGAUCAGGAAAUACUCAAAGCCCUGAGAGAUUUAAGCCAUGCAUCACUACCACCAUCAGUAAAGAGUUCUGGGAAUUUACCUGCUGACGAGGUCCAUUCAGCUGAUGGAAAGUUUCCCAGAGCAGGAUGGUGGAUCUCAAAGGUGGUUCUCCCCCAGACUAUCAAGAAGCGUCAAGAUGUGUCCUCAUACAACCUCAACUCCUUUGGUCUACGUUACGGAAAACGACAGGAAACCUGAUGUCUGUUGUUAUUCUCUGUUAGAUCUGAUAUUUGCAUUGAUUGUAUUUGAAAUUAAUUUGUACAUUCAGAGUGGGGAAAUCAAAUAAACAUGUAACUGUGAAAGAGACAAUAAAAAAAAACAAUUAAAGAUUA